UUGCCUCUUUUAUAUUUACUAUCUAGGUGCUGGCAAAUGACACGCCCACAGAGUUUAAGAAGCCGGACCCGUUUCAGCAUCAACACACCCUACAGCGCUUCUUAUUCACAGCAUACAUAAUCAUCCGUCUUAUCCGUACAGACAUGGAGGCCAGACUGAUUGUAGCGGUUGUGUUUAUCUGCGCUGUUUGUCGCUUCUCUGAAGCCCAGCUGCAGAACACGACAACACUCACUAACAACAUCACUCGUACUGGUUGCGGCACCACUAAGCUGUGUGUGUCGACUCCGUCUAAUUGCGAUCUUGCAGGAAACUCCAGCUGUUUUUUCAGCUCUACUCAGUACAAUAAUGCGACACUGACCGUGGAACUCUCCGGCACAACUUCAUUAUACGUGGCAUUGGGACUCACAUCAACUAGCAGCCUAUUUAAUUUCAAUGAAACUGCUGUGUUCGUCUGUGGCAACAAUAACAAUAACAGCGCCUUCUUCGAAACAGCUACUCAGAAUGGCUCAAUGUUGACUCCUGCUAUCCUGGCCGCCUUAAAUAUAACCAAUGUUCAGGGUUCAGUAUUGGGAAACGGGAGUCUUGUUCAGUGUGUCUUCAAUGUCAACCUCAAUUCCACCUUCCUCAAUUCCACCUUCCUCAAUUCAACUGUUCAGCUGUAUUCCAACAUCAGCAUCUAUAAUGGAAGCACAAAUGGAACACUACUGGGAAAUGCAACUACAUUAAUUACCACCGGACCUUUCGACUUGGCAAAUCCCAAGAGCAAUAUUCCAAGCAACAGCACAACACCACUGCUCAACAUCACUCGUAACGGUUGUGGCACCACUAAGCUGUGCUUGUCAAAUGCGUCUACUUGCGAUCCUGCAGGAAACUCCAGCUGCUUUUUCAGCUCAUUUCAAGUGAACAACCAAAAUAUCUACUAUGAACUUAGUGGCACGACAUCAGGAUAUGUGGCGCUGGGACUCACUACCCAGAAUUCUACCUUUGUGUUUGUGUGCGCCAACAACACUAACAACAGCAGUUUCUUCUUUCAAACGGCUACUAAAAACGGCUCAGUUCUGACCGCUGCAAAUGUGACCACCGUAAACAGCUAUCAAGGUGUUGUAACACAAAACCUCAUUCAGUGUGUCUUCAACACCAGCGCCACUUUAAGCACCAGAGCUUCUAACACUGUGUACACGAUCUCCCUCAUGAGCGGAAACACCACCGGAACUGAACUGGGUAUUGCAACUACACUGUAUACCUCCCCAACAGCAGUAGACCUGUCUAAUCCUAGUGCCUUAAACACUGCAAACACCAACUUCUGCACUAAUGUGUUGGCUGUGCUGCUCGCCGCUCUGACUCUACACCUCAUAUAAAAACCUGCCAUGUUCAUUUUAAUAUAAAAUCCCCAGAGCCUAUAAAUGUGUGUUACAGUAUCUGAUCUGUGCAUGUGUGUUUAUACAUUUAUGAAGCUACUGUUAAUUGGCUGAACAUGGAACACAUCUGUCAUAUACAGUAUAAACAUCACCCUUUUAUUUAUUUUAUUUAUUUUUUUUUUACAGUCGAUACGAGAAAUUCAUUUGCACAUCCAUAGACGUCAGACUUUUAAAUAUAAAAAUUUAUAAUAACGAGGGCGCAAAUGUUUUGAAUAAAAUCUACUUUAUAUGAUCAUUUUAAUUAUUAAAUAAGUGUAAUUUCAGUAAUUUCAUGCUCAUCAUUUUUAUUUGAGAUACUUUAUACACCUAGGUGAAUGUAAGUUUCCACCCCUAAAACCUUUCUAUAUGUUUUUCUCUUUUGUUGGUUGAUAUCAUACUAAAGGUAAACAAAUAUCUAACAUGACUUGAUUUUAUUUUGUUGUUUUUUAAAUAUCAUUUAAACUAUUUUAACAGGUGUGUAGACUUUUUUAUAGUCACUGUGUGAGCUGACAGCUGGGAAAAUACACACGAGUGAAAGCAGCCUUAACGGUGUAUUUCUUUCUUUUUUACAUUUGACCUACAAUGUUGUCUAAAAACACUCAUGCCGAUUUUGUAAUGAUCUAAACUGCUAAAAUACCUAACUACAAAAGAUUCCCAUAUCAGCAUAUUUAUACAUUGUCAUAUGUGGGUUUGUUGUUGUUGUUGUGUCACAUUAUUAAGAUGGCCCCAUUUAUAAUGACUACAGUACUGUGCAAAAGUUUUAGGCACCCUAUUUGUUGUUGUUUUUUGUACAAACUUUGUUUGCUUGUUUUUUUUUCAUUUAAUGACGUCUACAUUAUGGUGUCGGUACGAAAAAAAAAACGUUUUAGAUUCCCAAACAUUCGUUUUCUGGCACAAAGGUAAAUGUUACAGAAAAAAGUAAAUCUUACAGUUGUUAAAGAAAGCAGCGUAUUAAGAGGUAAUAGAUGACUUUUAAGGCAAAAAAACCAUGACGAACGCUGCUGGGUUUCGCUGCAAAAACAAGAAGUGCGUGCAACAGUCAAAGUCUCCAGAAGGUUCUGCGAGAUGCUCAGUAAGCCAGUAGCUCAUUUCCUUAUAAAACUGCACUAAUUAUACCGGAGACUACUAUUUUUAUUUUUAUUUCUUUUUUUUGUCACUAGAUAUUGACUUUGUUUCAUUUACUAUCAUUUAUUGCUCUUUAUGGUAUUUUUUUUAAAAUGUAGAAACAUUCCAUUUCAUUAUUUUCAAGACAUCUUUGCUCUACAAUGACAAAAAAUUUUGUGCGGUACUCUACGUCUAGUCUCACUGUCUGGGUUUCUGAUAUGUGACACACCUGUAUAUGUGCGGCUUCAAAUAACACACCUGACUAGCACAGCCAGACAUUCAAUAUCAACUGAUACUAGUGUGUUCGCAUCUUUGUUGUCUAAUCAUUAUGCUGAAGAAAUGCUUUAAACAACACACCCUUAAACUAGCACACCAUACACCCUUCUCAAACACCCAAAUUCAAACUCUUCAAUCCUCACGCAAGCUGUACUUCAUGCACAAUGUGUAGAUCAGGUUAUGGUAUAUUAAUAAAGUGUGAAAUAUUGCUGUUCAUUACA